AUGAUUGCUGCUGCUGCACUGGUGGCUGCCGUUAUCAUUGCAGUUGCUGUGACCGUCCCACUUCUUGUCACCAGAAAACACAGCUCGUCGAAUACAUCCGGUGGAGGAAAGGGUGGCGGUGGUGGUGGUGGUGGUGGCAGUGGUGGGAUUACUGGUGGGAAUGGAUCCGUUAUCACAACUGAAGAUGGUACCAAGUUUACGUACAUCAACGAAUUUGGGGGUUUCUGGGUGGACGAUCCGAAUAAUCCAUUCAAUAACAAUGCCCAAGCCCAGAGUUGGGUGCCCCCUCUCAAUCAGUCUUGGGAUUACGUCAACAACCGUAUCUUUGGUGUCAACCUUGGGGGCUGGCUGGCUUUGGAGCCAUUCAUUACACCUGCGUUCUUCGAGAAAUAUAAUGGUACCGUCGACGAAUGGACCCUCUCGCUUGCGAUGGAUGCAGACACGGCCAGCGGAGGGUCGCGGAAGCAAUUAGAGGAGCACUACAAAACGUUCAUUACGGAACAAGAUUUUGCUGAGAUUGCGGGUGCUGGCCUCGGCUGGGUCCGUAUCCCCCUUCCUUUCUGGGCUAUUGAGGUCAGAAACAACGAACCAUUCCUUGAGGGGGUCGCCUGGCAGUACUUCCUCAAAGCCGUCAAAUGGGCUCGCAAAUAUGGACUUCGAAUUAACCUCGACCUCCAUACCAUUCCCGGCUCCCAAAAUGGAUACAACCACUCUGGCAGGAUAGGACAGAUCAACUUCCUUAUGGGCCCCAUGGGUAUUGCGAAUGCUCAACGUGCUCUUGACUAUAUCCGAAUCAUCACCGAGUUCAUAUCUCAGCCUGAAUAUAGCAACGUCAUACCUUUCUUUGGAUUCAUUAACGAACCACGCACCAAAAAUAUCACAGUGGACGUUAUCAGCCACUUUUAUCUGGAGACGCACGAUAUGAUUAGGAACAUCACGGGCUACGGUACAGGGAAUGGAGCAUAUCUCUCUAUACAUGACGGGUUUACUGGUGUCGGCUCUUGGUCUGGGUAUAUGCGUGGAGCGGAUAGGCUGGUGCUGGAUUCACACCCAUAUUUCGCCUUCGGCUCCGCGGUGGAUGCGCGUCCGCUUGCAGAGCAGGUUUAUAAGCCUUGCACAGCAUGGGCGCGAGGGUUCAACAAAAGUAUGAUAGAUUUCGGCAUCACCAUUGCCGGAGAGUGGAGUUUGAGCUUUAACGAUUGCGGAAAAUGGGUCAAUUUCGUCGGGUAUGGCACCCGAUGGGAAGGUACCUACCCCGGAUCCACAAAGGUUUAUGGAAACUGCUCGGACUGGACCAAUUGGCCUGCUUUCAACACUACCACAAAGCAAGAGUUGUUGCAAUUUGCGCUAAGCUCAAUGGAUAGCUUCCCUCACUGGUUCUUCUGGACGUGGAAGAUCAGCAAUAGCUCCCUUACCGGGAAGGUGGAGGCUCCGAUGUGGACAUACAAGCUUGGACUCGACCAGGGCUGGUUGCCCAAAGAUCCCCGCAACUCGUACGGGACCUGCGAAAACGCAGGAGUGAACUCCCCUGUCACGCAAACUAUCGAUCCAUCCGCUACUGGUUCCCUUACCGCUGGAGCGAUUGUUCCCACCUUCCGCUUGUCAUAUGGGCAGUGGCCACCCGCGACCCUCGUCAAUAUCUCAGAUGCGGGUGCCCUCCCCACAUAUACUUAUACAGGUGCCGUACCCACGUUGCCUGUCCCAACGUUCACAGCAAAGAACGGGACGAAGAUCAGCGGGGCACUGUCUCCUGUGAAUGUGACAGGGUGCGAGUAUCCUGAUGCAUGGCUCGCUGCAACGCCACCAGUGCCUAUCGCUACAACGAUGGUCUGUUCAAGUAGUCGGGGCAGAUCGCUUGUGCCCACCCCUACACCCACAUCCUAA